AUGGGUAACGACGGAGGAAGCAUUCCUACACGUCGCGAGCUUGUCAAGUCCCCUACUCGCCGCGCCACCCACUCUCAACUCCGUGAUUCCAAUGCUCAAACUCAAGAAUAUCACUGGAGCACUUGCCCUCUCUCAAAGCGUCCACUCGCCUCCCCGGUUGUCUCCGACUCCUCGGGGCGUCUCUACAAUAAAGAUUCAAUUCUAGAAUGGCUCCUACGCGGAACAGAGGCAUUUGGUGACGGUGAAGAGGUAUUAGACGGGCGGGUAAAGAGUUUAAGAGAUGUCCUAGAAAUAAAAUUCGACAUUUCAAAGGAAGAUGGUCAGGACAAGUGGGUUUGUCCAGUGUCGAGGAAAGGUCUCGUGGCUGGAGUCAGAGCGGUUUACCUGGUACCAUGUGGGCAUGCCUUUUUGGAGAGUGCGAUCAAGGAGGUUAAGGGAAGUGAAGGCUGUGGCACAGCAUACGAGGCAGAUAAUGUCAUUCCUAUUAACCCCGUGUUGGACGAAGAUGCCCAAAGUUUGAGAAACCGAAUCAAAGUUCUUUCGGAGAAGGGACUAGGACACACAUUGAGAAGACUAUCCGAUGGGAAAUCGAAGAAGCGAAAGAAGGAAUCCAAAGAAGCCGAGAAGCUACUUAAGAAAGAAGAAACCGGUAUAAAGAACGCCGCAACAGCCAGUUUAACAAGCAAAGUACUGGAGGAUGAGAAAAUGAAGAAUAAACGCAGAAAAACAGAGAUGAGCGACAACUUGAAGAGUCUUUUCAGUACAAAGGAGCAAGAUGGUGCUUCGGGAAGGAAUGAUUUCAUGAGUAGAGGGUAUACUAUACCAACGAAGCGAUGA